GGGAGAAGUGCAGAGACAGCAGCAGAGGCAUUGCUCCAGCGGGCUGUAAUCACUACAGUCCUAGCCACCGAACAAGGGAGACACAGCCACCCAGACUAACCCAGGCAGGCACUAGCCAGCAGGACUCAUUGUGACACAAGGGCACACUAACACAUAAGGACUAAACACAGGAUAAUCAACAAGGGCUACAAACAUGGGAGGAAAGUUGAGCAAGAAGAAGAAGGGAUACAAUGUAAAUGAUGACAAAACUAAAGACAAAAAAGCAGAUGGAGCAAAUGCAGAAGAAGAAGGGGCAACCAAAGCCAACGAGGAGACUCAGCCUGCUACUGAGAAUACAGAGGUGAAAGAAAAUAAAGAGGAGAAGAAUGAUAAAGAUUCCCAGGCUGCAGAAAAUAAAACAGAAGUUAAAGAUGGGGAGGCAGAUGUACAGAACAAAGAUAAAGUUCAAAACACAGAGUCAGAGAAGACAGAGGCAUGCCCUGACACUAAAGCCGAACCUCAGAACACUGAACCACCAGUAUCCAAGCAAGAGGAGCCAACUGCUGCAACUCCUGCUCCAGCUGCUAACAGUGAAGGGCCAAAAGCCUCUGAGCCUAGUACUGAGGCACAAGUUCCCCAGCCUUCAGAAGCACCAGCACCAAGUAAAGUGGAUGAAAAGAGUAAAGAGGAUGGGGAAGCCAAAAAGACUGAGGCUCCCUCUGCACCAGAAGCCAAAAGUGAGGUUGCCCCUGCUUCAGACUCAAAACCUAGCAAUGAGGUUGCUCCAUCUUCUGCGAAGUCUCCAGAAACUGAAGCAUCUAGUUCUUCUACUAAGGCCUCUGAGCCUGCAGGACCAGCUGAUGAAGUUAAAGCUUCCGAGAUCCCAGCAGCUAAUUCUGAUCAAACCGUAGCAGUUCAAGAAUAAAAUGGACAGCCUGUUUGAAGCAACCACUUAAAGCAACCUGCGAUGAUGUUUCUUCUUUGUUUUUGAUUAUUUUUUCAGCUAUACUAACAAACUUGAUUUAGAUAUAAGUACAUGUAUUGCCCAGGAAGGAUAUAAAAAAAAAAAUCCAAAUAGUAUUUUUGUGGGAAAAUGUACAAAACACACAUUCCACCAAAUCUGUCAAGUAACAGGUAAAUUACAUAAUGAGAUAUUAAAGUUUAGUGAUAGAUGUUUGUAAGCAAAAUUAUUUUUUACAACCGAAAACAGCAAUGAAAACAACGUCAGCAUAAUACAUUUUAUUUUUACUCUUGCAAUAUGAUUGCUGGAGAAAGUUCUUUUUCAAAUUUGCCCAUAGGGCUUGUGCCAAGGCAAUCAAAUCUUUUUAGGAGGGUUUUUUUUUUUGCAGUCAGUUCUCUUAUAUUUUUAUUUUAAAAGCAGUGGAUAAACAUGGCCAGACCUCUCCAACAAAACCCAUUUUAGCUGUCUCUUAUUCCAGGAGUAAAACCAUCCUCAUCCUAUUUAGUCUACCUAGAUUUACCAUGAUGAAUUAAUGCAUGUCUGUGGUUGGGUGCACCUGUAGUUCUGUUUAUUGGUCAGUGGAAAUAAUAAUAAUAAAAAAAAAGUCUGCGUUGAUUUGCAGUUCCAGUUUUUCUUCCAUUCUAUGUCACAGACACCAACACAACACUCAUUGGAAAAGGCUAAAAAAAAAAUACAAAAAAAAAAGAAAAGAUAUAAAACUACGGAAGAUGUAAAAUGGAUGCAUUGAAAAUAUAUGUAAUUGUAUAAAUGGUGCAACAGUAAUAAAAGUAAAAUAAUUACAAAACAAAA